CACCUGGUACCUGACCAUUCUAUUGGGUUCCGUGUUGCAAAACAAAGUUCACUAAUAAUUUGAAGUUUCAAUUGGACGCCAUCACUCUACACUACAAUAUUUCCAAGUUCCAUUGACCUGAACCAUGCUGUUGACAAAUAUUCAAWUACUUGUGUUUGCGGCCAUUUCAUGCGUAGGUUCGGUAUUGAGCGAAUCGUUCAACUUCGUUCCGACGACCACCACUUGUGGAACGAAAGUUWCCACGCCCGCUCCGUAUGAGUUGACUCCCGAACAGCUUGAUGACUUUCGUCGGGAUGGUGUGCUUGUUGUUCGACAAUUCCUUCGYGGAGAAAUGUUAGAGGAUGCCAUCCAGGGCGUCGAAAUGAUGGAGCGAUCUAGGGGAGUGGUCCAAAAGAUGUUCUACAAAAUUUUUCCCAGCUAUCGAAACCUAAGCACACAGAACUAUCGAACUGUUGAUGCAUUCAAAAAGGUUGCGUUUAAUUCGGCUGCGCCUACGAUUGCUGCUAAACUAAUGGGACUCGACAACGACAGCAACAGAACGAUUCGAUUGCUGAAAGAAGGAAUUUUUGGCUUUGGUCGAGGGGAUAGGGGGUGCGGCUGGCACGUGGAUGACAAGUUUUUCUGGCCCUGCGAGGAUAGCCAUAGCGAUGCCGUGGAUGGCGGGAAAUCGCAGAAAGAUUUCACAGGAUUGAGAGAUGCGGGGAUCAACGUGUGGAUCACCCUGUCUCCCGUUACGGCCAGAGAGGGCGGUGGUCUAGCGAUAGCCCCUAGAUCCCACGAUCUCACUGGCCGAGGCAAAAUCGGGAAACUCGCCCUACGCGCCCGCAAAGCAAUCGCUGCGAAAGGGGCACAAACCACCUGCGCCCUCGAAACGCUCGAACCCGACUGCCAUGCCGACUUGGAGGCGAUGAAAAAGGUCUACGAUCUGGAACCUGGAGAUGCAAUCUUCCACGACCGAUACAUUUUUCAUAGAUCGGACCACUUUAACGACAUUGAUGGUGACGRCCAACAGGAUGCAACCGACCAGAAAUUCCGAAUUUCCCUGCGGUACAUGCCCUCUGAUGCGACCUAUUUCAAUUUAGGUGCGGGCUUGGAGGGAGCUGCAACAGAAAAGCAUCUCGAGACGGGAGAUCCCAUYUCAAAAGCCGGAGAAUACUUUCCACAGGUCUGGCCUACUACACUUACAGAAGAGGUCAAUGCAGAGGCCAAAGCUGACCAGCAACUGAAUGACGUUAAAGGUUUAAUCCGGAUGGUCACGAGAAUCGUUAGCAAGAUUGUGUAUGGCUAGAAAUAGGAAUCGGCUUACUAGAACAAUUUUGAAAAACGGAUGUUUUACCCUUUUUGUGGCGCGUUGGUAUCGGAGGAGGUCAUCCUUCUAGCCUGGAUGUAGAUUGAAUUGCCAGGUUGUAAGCCUUUUACAACUUGCUUCUAUCAUWGGGAUUGUCUGCUUUUAGCACCAUCUCCUUCAUGUCCACCAGAGAUUCCUCCAGGUARUGAGACAGAGCAGGGGCCAAACCCUUGUAAGAUGUGCAGGUGAAAAAAAUCCGAUUGGAUUCGAUGUGGUAGGCAACCCCGAACCCGUCUGGAACCACUACCGGCCCAAAUCCGGGGUUGACCGGCAGCGUCGAUGUAGAKACCUUCCACGUCUUGCUUUCCACGAAGAGUGGGUCCUCGAACAGGUCAACCGCUUGCUUGUUUUGUUUCUCUUGUUCGGCCAGGAGCAUUUGYAGUCCAAACAAGUGCCGGUCAACACCGCCUCCCUGMGAUGCAUUUCGAAUGUAGCUCACGUGGGCUUGAGUUGCUUCGUGGAACAUGCCUUUCAGUUCUUCUGCGUUGCUGUUGUUCCCCAGCAUGGACCCCACCCAUUUUGCACUCUCCUCGGARACGCUUCUUGUCGUUUCCGUGCGUCCAUAUCGAUAGGAUCGGACCUGUGUCGACUCAUACGUCGCCCAAGGCACAUAGCGCGAGCCGUCRUUUCCGUUGAAGGCUUUGCUGGUUGUAAGUUUUCCGAUGGCCAAUUGGAUCGCCAUUUGCACGUACGCAUCUGGAGAACACUUUGCAUUGGUCUUGAUCCAGGUUGAACCAUACCCCUGAAAGGAUUGAACCUCGAGGUCGAGCGAGCUUCGAAWCUUGUCGAAAUCGGCGGUUGCCUUCUGGACCAUCGAUUUUGUUUCGUCGAGGCUCGCAUUCGUCAGUUCUUUGAGAAUGGUUUGGUUGGCAAAGAUGGGUGCCACCUUUGGAGAAARGAGCGGGGUUGGGUSCUUUUGUUUCGGUUCGGUCUCCCGUUUGUUUGGACUCGCUUCUUGCMCGAGAAUGUACUGGCACAGUCCCACCGACGGCAUUCCAUCCAUCAUACUGUGUUCACCGUUCAGGCCGAGAUUCCCCGAGGGCGUCACAAUGAACUGAAUCGAUUUGUCGUACCACCGGCCCUGGGUUCCCAUCAGAUACGAUCGAGCGUUUUGACUGAGGGAGUCGACCUGUGCAUUCCUGCCGUUGUCSUCACCGUCGAUACACAGCAACAAGAGGCCGCUUUCCAGCUUUUCCAGGGCAGCCUUCAUGCCCGGAAUGGCUUCGAUCAGCCUGGCUCGGUUGGAAGUCCACUCGUCUCGAUUGGAGGCGGUGAGAAUUCCGAGGUUUUUCACUGC